AUGCUUCAAAAGCUCACUAUUCCAGCAUUCCAUAACUUAUCUUCAAUCUUGACUUCCAUAUCCAACAUCAAUACAACCUCAUUGACACAUAUCUCCUUCUUCAACACCUCAGACGCUCCUCAUUUGAUUACACAUGUCAUCAAUCUGGCUGGUGUACAGGGCCAUGGGCUAGCAAAUCUCACGGUCCUACAAAUUCAUUCCACAUAUAGCGCUGCUUCAGAAAUCUUUGUAGGAGAAAGAAAUUUGAAGGACAUAACAAUCACAUCUCAUGAUCCAGCAUCAGCAGCAGACAUUCGAAAGCUCCUUUCUCGGAUAGGGCAGACUUGCACCUGUGUUGAGGAGGUCAAGUUGACCUUUGAAAGUAACAGCCGGGAGCUGAUAGAUAAAUCAGAUGUUGUCACAUUUGAAGACAUCACACCUAUCCUUUGUUGCACAGGAAUGAAAUGGUUCAUGCUGUCGACAGCAUGUCCAAUUUCCAUGGAUGACAAUGAUAUUCAAAAGCUAGCAGAAAGCUGGCCCUCUCUUGUUUCAUUAUGGUUAUCCUCGCGGUCUGGCCGACUUGUCUUGCCUAAUCGAAGGCGACUGUCUUUCAAAUCACUCAUACAUCUUGCUUACCAUUGCCCAUGCUUGUUCUAUGCCUCGCUCUACAUUGACGAUCCAUGUAUACCUGGUCCGGAAAAUUUGCCUGUUUUCUCUAGUCCUUUUAAUUUCGAUGUCGGGUUUUCCCCAAUUGAAAAUCCUGCGGAAAUUGCCUCCUUCCUCUCCAAACUUUUCCCAGUCAACUUCACAUUAUGGUACGGCGUUGAUCAUUUCCUCAGCGAAGGGGAACACUGGGAGGACCCUGAUCUGAUCUCUCCGAAUAUCAAAGGGCAGUGGUCCGAACGGUGGGCCACAGUCGAAUCUUUUCUUCCACAAUUGAUUCAAAUGAGGCUCGAUGCUGAGAAGCUGAAGCAGGAGGUGGCCAGGUUGAAAAUCAAGUGUGAACCUCGAUGGUAUUGA